AUGAAGCUAAUCCGGUCUGUUCUGUUAUGGAUUCGUCUUCACGAUUUAGGUCUUCAAUACUGGGGGAACAAAUGCCUAAGUGCAUUGGUUUGUACUGUUAGGAAGCCUAUUAUGGUGGACCAGCAUACUAGGGAUCGCACCAGGGUUCAAUUUGCUCGGGUUUUGGUUGAGAUGGACAUCACGGAUGCACCACCAAGAAUGAUUCAAUUUCUUAAUGAAAAUGGUCAGUUGGUGGAGCAGGGGAUAGAUUACGAAUGGUUGCCUGUGAAAUGUAAAACGUGUUUGGGUUAUGGCCACAUUAUGGCAGACUGUAGGAAAGGGGAAGUUGAGAAGAAAGUGAGGAAUACAGAGAGGAAGGCGCCUAUGACUAAACCAGAGGAACUCACUCAGAAUCCUCCCAUUUCAGUUCCUAUUUCCUCUAAGAUGAAACCAUCUGGUUCAGGUAAAAAAGAUGAUCACUCGCUGAUUAAUGCUGAUUGGAAAACUCCUAGAAGAGCUGCUGGUUCAAGAAUGAAGGAACCUGUUCUAGGUUCUACUACAGAUCAUGACCAAGAUGUUGGGCAUAGGUCUGUGAAUACGUUCAGUAUUUUGUAG